CGCUCUCGCCCUUGUACAUAACGAACUGGUCUCGGCCGCGGCCUGAGGGAUCCUUGAGGAACCAUCGCAGAUGCUCCUUCUCGGUGAACUCGUCGAUGUGAGGGGGUUGGUAGGUCUCGUCGAUACGACCUUCUCGUCCAUAUCGCUCGAUAUCGGUGAACUUGUUGACGCGGAGAGUGUGCUUCUUGUCGAGGGGGGUGAGGUCGAGCUCGCGAGUAGCGGCAGCAGCCUCAGCGGGCGAAGAGUAUUCGACAAAGGCGAAUCUUAAAAACGGGAUCAGCUUCAUGUUCGAUGCAUCUUCAGUUCCAAGCAUGGCACCUACCGAAAAGACUUUCCGUCGUCACCCAUGGGCAUAUGUAUCAAGUCCUCGCGUGUCUUGCCGACUGUGUUGAGCUUCUUCAACAAGAACUUGACAAGCUUGGGCUUCUGAUCCUCUGUGACUUGGGGCAGGCCAUCGAUAACCACGAAGCUGUCAUAGCCUUGUUCCAGUGAAACCUCGAAUCGUUCUCGCAGAUCGGAGAUAUCAAUAUCAUCCUCGUUGAACUCGUCAUCGUCAAGGUCGGCCUCGCGGAGGUGGUCGAAAGAGGGCGCCAUGAUGGGCGAUAUUUGGUUGUUGGAGGGGUGCAAGAAAAAAUGCCCCGCUCUCACUCGUUUCUGUACGGUUUUUUUCGAGGGUUUGGGAGGGUUCGGCUACCGAGCACAGGUUUGCGGAAAUGGCCUUUUUGCGCGCGGGAGAUAUGACCUCUGGAAGACACGCAAAGGCUUGUCUAGAACGGCGCAGAAUGUCGCUCGGGAACGUGCGGAGUCUUGAUGUUGCGGUGCCAACCUAGUGCAGCACAAAUUUGGUGUUCUGCUUCACUUUCCAACGAAAGUGUGCGUGAUGCGGAGAAAUGAUAAUACUGGCCCGAAGCUUGCGGCUCCCACCGCGGGGCAAAUCACGUGUGGGCUUUGCUGGCCCCUGGAGUGGAGGGGCUGCGGUUUGCUAAGCUGGAUGGGAGCUCCAGAAAAAAAGGCUGCAACGUCUACCCCAAGGCUGAAGCAUAUUGACGUUGACGACGACGAUAACCUUUUACGUUUUUAUAGGUUUCGCCGUGUACAAAGUCGUAUUGUUAGCCCAUCAUGUCUUUCCAACCAACCCAAAUUUUUGAGGAGGGCACUACUGAGGAAAAGGGUGAGAAUGCUCGUCUCGCCGCCUUUGUCGGUGCCAUCGCCGUCGGUGACCUCGUAAAGAGCACCCUUGGUCCUAAGGGUAUGGACAAGAUUCUCCAGUCAGCCUCCACCGCCGAAAUCAUGGUUACCAACGACGGUGCCACAAUCCUCAAGUCGAUCGCCCUCGAUAACGCCGCCGCAAAGGUUCUGGUCAAUAUUUCGAAGGUCCAAGACGACGAAGUCGGUGACGGUACCACCUCCGUUGCUGUUCUCGCUGCCGAGCUAUUGAGAGAGGCGGAGAAGCUGGUCGACAAGAAGAUCCACCCCCAGACUAUUAUUGAGGGCUACCGGAUAGCCAGCCAGGCUGCGCUGAAGGCCUUGGAAGGAUCAGCCGUUGAUCACAGCAAGAACCCCGAAGCCUUCCGACAAGAUCUGCUCGCCAUUGCCCGAACAACACUCAGCUCCAAGGUCCUGGCCCAGGACCGCAAACAGUUCGCCGAAUUGGCCGUUGAUGCCGUCCUCCGACUCAAGUCGUCCGACCUCAACCACAUCCAGAUCAUCAAGAAGGCCGGAGGCAAACUCAGUGACUCAUACCUUGACGAAGGUUUCAUUCUCGAUAAGAAGAUCGGUGUCAACCAGCCCAAGCGACUAGAGAAGGCCAAGAUUCUGGUGGCCAACACCUCCAUGGACACCGACAAGGUCAAGAUCUUUGGUGCCCGUGUUAAGGUUGGUUCAACAAGCAAGCUUGCUGAACUUGAAAAGGCCGAGAAGGAGAAGAUGAAGGCCAAGGUUGAGAAGAUCAAGGCACACGGCAUCAACUGCUUCAUCAACCGACAGCUCAUUUACAACUGGCCCGAGCAGCUGUUUACUGAUGCCGGCAUCAUGUCAAUUGAGCAUGCUGACUUCGACGGUAUUGAGCGUCUUGCCCUGGUCACAGGCGGUGAGAUUGCCUCGACCUUUGACCAUCCCGAUCAAGUCAAGCUUGGCCACUGCGACGUUAUCGAGGAGGUUAUUAUUGGAGAAGAUACUCUCAUCAAGUUCUCCGGUGUUGCUGGUGGUGAAGCUUGCACAAUUGUCCUUCGAGGUGCCACAGAACAGCUCCUUGAUGAGGCCGAGCGAAGUCUGCAUGAUGCCCUUGCUGUUCUGUCACAGACUGUCAAGGAACCCCGAACCACCCUUGGCGGUGGUUGUGCCGAGAUGCUCAUGGCCAAGGCGGUUGAAGGCGCUGCUACCCGAGUUGAGGGUAAGCGACAACUGGCUGUCUCUAGCUUUGCCGUCGCUCUUCGACAACUUCCCACUAUCCUUGCCGACAACGCUGGUCUCGACUCUGGUGACCUUGUUGCCAGAUUACGCAAGGCUCUCUACGAUGGUCUUACCACUUACGGCCUGGACCUGAUGACCCCUGGUGGUGGUAUUACUGAUAUGCGAGAUCUCGGUGUUAUCGAGAGUUACAAGUUGAAGAAGGCUGUGGUGUCUUCGGCCAGCGAAGCCGCAGAGCUUCUUCUUCGAGUGGACGAUAUCAUCCGGGCAGCUCCUCGUCGACGAGAGCGUAUGUAAGGCUGGUUUAGGUAGCCGUUGAGGACGAGUCAAUAUGCAUAGACCAUGAUGAUCUGUAAUGAUACCAUAGAUGCUGGAAAAAUGGAAAAAAGGACCAUCGUGAAUGAGCCUUGCCUUAUGACGAACAAUGAGUUUCCCAUAAAUACGUGCUUUUGAAUGAGCAGUGUCGUGCCAGUGCCAGCAGCCCGGGACU